UUUUUUUUUUUUGUGUGUGGAAACAGUCUUUCGUUAAAAUGCAUCAUUUUAGGCACACCCCCCGCGUUUUAAUCUCUCAGACAAAACCGCAACAAACACAAAACUCUGCUUUCCUCCAUUCAGAUAUUCUGUUUGAAUUUCGUCUGCAAUCCAAUCCACAAAUCCGAUUUUCUCUAUCUUUAGCCGCAAAAUCUCCAAUUUGGUAACUCAAGAUCAUCCCUUUUUUCCUCUGUGCGGUAAGGUUGGUGAUGAUGGCUUAUCUACAUCAUAACCCUUCAACAAUUUUUUCUCUGACUCUGAUUCUUCAGAAGAGCCAAAACCCAUCGCAGGCUUUGUGUUUUCUCUUCUAGUUCCUCUUUCAUUCUGUAGAAUUCGAUUUUCCAAUCAAUUUUUUCGUGUGUCUCUCCAUACCCAUUUUCUCCAAUUGUUUUUGAAGGGUUUUCAGUUCAUAUUUCAUGUGCUUUAAGUUUUGUAUGAUUUGUUUCAUCUGGGUUUAGAUAAAGACGGCCCCUUUAUUCCUAGAAUUUAAGUUUAUUUUCUAAAUUCUGGGUCAUUGGUCUUGUCAGAUAAUGGUGGGAUUUCGGUCGUUUUCCUAGUGUUUACUUUUCUUUUUGUUUGUUUUUCUCUCUUGUAAUUAUUUAAAUAGUUGGUAACAGGAAAUUGUUUGUGGUUCUGAGCUACGAAGGGUCAAUUUUAUAUUUUUUUUCCAGGUUUUAUAAAAGACAACAAGUAUUCUCGACAUUAUUAUUGGUGUGUGUUUUUUAGUAUCCUAAAAAAGCUUUGGAUUAUUAGUUCAAUCUUAGAGGGAAUUUAGAAUUGUAAUUGAAGUUGGAAUAGCUCAGGGGUUGGUGAAAUUGGGUUUAGAUUCCAUCAUAUUUUUUCCUGUUUUAUUUGAAUUUUUAUCUGUUUUUUAGGUAGAUUAUAAACUCUGAAUUGCUAGUUGAAAUUGAAUAAUUGAUAUUAUAUAGGUUCGAUGCAAACAAAUAGAUAGGAUUCUG